AUGGAAGAACGUAAAGAAGCAGUUAUCGAUUGUUUGCUUGCUCGCGCUCACCGUGCCGCUGAUGGAUUCUUGAAGCAGAAGAAAGACUGUCCUAGUUGUUUCCGAAAACCAUUGGGACCAGUGUUCGGCGUUUCCCAACAGACAAAGAGUCAAGGCGAUGAGAAGUCGAAGAAAUUAAAGGAAGACGAUGAUACGAAGGUAGAGGAUGUUACUACUGCAGUUGAAGAAGACAAUGCAACUUUCACAUUACAAGACGUUGAGACAGCGUACCAUGAUCUCCUUACCUGGGUGUCACCUGAUGACAUGAAGGUGAUGCCAUUAGUUGCGAAGUAUUCCGUUGCUUGUGAUCAUUUUGGAAAAGCAGCAGUCACUCUGCAAAAGGUCGUCGACGACAUGAGAAGCAAUGGCAAGGAUGCUUCAACUCUUGAAGGAGCUAUCAUCGAGAGGUUAAUGCAUCCUUCAGAGUACAUGUCCUCUAAUGAUAGCUAG